AUGGAAAAUUGUAUAACCUCGCAUUUAAGUGUUAGUGGCUAUUCUUAUUUCAGAUUCUUUAGCAUUGACACUUUUAAGAAUACAACAAAAUAUCUAAAUGAUAUAACUAAUUCCUUAAAAAAAGAGACAAAAAAAGAAAAAUUUAGGGAAGGAUGCAAAGGUUUAGCUAAGUACCUAAUUCAACAUAAGAAUCCACCUCCAUAUCAAGAUAAAGUAAUGUGGGAAAAAAUCUUAUAUAGUUGGGCAAAAUCUUACUAUUCAAAGCUAGAUAAACAUGGAGGAUGUCCUGUGGUUAUGGAAGAUAAAGAUUUAGCACUUUUAGAUUUAAAAUAUGAAGCAGAAGAUUUCUGCGAAGAAAAAGAAACAAGAAUAAAAGCAAUAACUUGCUUUAACAAUGGAGAUAUUGAUAAAGAUUACUGUGAUGAAAAAUGCGCAAAUAAAAUUAAAGAAUAUAAUGCAUGGAUUGAUGGUAGAAAGUCGUAUUUCAAUGAGAAGGAAAAUAUGAUUAUAAGUAAAUGCAAAAAAAAACCAUCACAUUUUCCAACAAAAGAAUGCAACAUACUAAAACAUAAUUUAUUUAGUACGUUUUCCAUAUGCAAUGGUAAGCGUUCAGAUACAACUGUACCAAGUGCACCUCAAGAAGAAAACACAGCCCUAGAAAGAGAAAGUAAAAAUGCAGCUUUUAGUACAUCUAGUCAUGAAGUUUCAUCUGAAGAAGUAGCUAAAAAUCCAAUUGAAGAGCAAAUUCAAAUUGAACACGAUGAUAAAACCGAUCAGAAAACUCAGUAUGCUUCACAAUCUGAACCUAAAGAACUAUUGUCAACAGAACCUUCAAGUACACUAUAUAACACUGGAGAAAUUCAACAUGUACAAAUUGCACAAGUUGAAAAUUUAGAAACGUCACUACAACCUGAAGAUGAAGAUCCAUUAUCAUUAGAACCUAAUAUAUUACAACAUUCAGAUCCUAAAGGGUUACUAUCACCUCAUUCCUCUAAAUCUCCUCAGUUGUUUCCUGAAGUAUCAGUCUCUACCUCAGAUUCAAAAGACCAUACAAUUAAUUCAUAUAUAUCUCCUAUUCUAAUAAGCUUCCUAUGUGUUAUUGUAUUUUCCCUUUUUACUAAAUACGCUUUAAUAGGAUUGUUCAAAAAAAAAAAUAAAAUAAGAAGACAGGUGAAAUUUCUGAGAUUACUAGUACCUUCAUUUUCUAACAAUAAGAGUAAACAUUUUACAGAUGAUAAUUUAGAAAACCCUAUAUAUGAUGAUGAAGAAAUCAUAAAAAAAAUUAAAAUAAAUGAACUUACAAAAAAUGUAAAUUUGUCAAGGCGACAAAAAGACAGAUCCAAAACCAUAAUAGAAGUACAUAUGGAAGUACUUGAAAAAUGCAGAAACGAAGAUUGGGAAAACAAGAAAGAAGCAUUCUUAAAGAUUUGUCUAGAUGAGUUCACAAAAAAGGAUUAUAGAACCUAUCCUAAUUUAACAGAUGAUGAUCUAAUAACAGAAAAUAUUAAAAGUAGCAAUGAUAUUGAAAAACAAAAUUUUCUAUGGAAUAAAUGGAUAGAAAGACAUAGAUAUCUUUUUUCAAAAUUGAAAAAAGAAGACUGGUAUAAUAAUUUGAAAAAUGAAUGGAAAAAAGAACUAGCAUAUAUACAAGAAAUUGAAGAAUUAAAAAAGAAAUCUCCUAAUGAAAAUCUCAAAAUUCCAUUCUUAGAAAUAGAGAAAAAUCUAUGGAAACAAUGGAUAUCAGAAAACUGUAAUAUUAUAGAACAAUAUUUGGAACAGGAAUGGCUUAGGGUAUUAACAGAGAAGUUGCAGAGUAUAUCAGAAGAAUGUGUAAGUGAAGAAACCAUAAAUUAUAUAUCAUUAAUAAAUAUAGAAGAAUUGCAGAACAAAGAAAAUUGUAAAGAAUCAUAUAAAUAUAUAAAAAAAAAAUUAUUGACAAAGCUGUGUAUCCUUGUGCUUAUGUCAAUAUUAGAAGAAUGUACAAAAGAGGUGAAUUUUGAUAAUAGGGAAUCAUACUUGAAUAGUUCAAUAAAUGAAUGGAAGGCAGAAGUAUAUUCAGGUAACAAACAAGAAAUUACAGAAAAUAUAACUGAAUAUAAUAACAAUGAUAUAGAAAAUAAAAGAAAUAAGGAAUUACAUGCACAUAUAGGGAAUGACAAUUUCAGGAAUGAGAUAGAAGAAUGGACAAGAGAAAAUGACUUAUAUGCAAGUUCUAUAGUUAAUGAUGGAACAAUUAAAAAAUCCCAUCAUAUAGCAGAAAGAUACACUUCAUAA